GCCCCGCACGGCGCCUGCAGUUGGGGCGCUGUAACUUUAAACCUGACCAGACAGUGUCGGGCCUAGAGGGCGGUCCUAGCGCGGGGGCUGAGACCACCGUUUAGCCACCCGGCUCCCCGCCCUCUACGGCGGCGGGGAUAAAUGCUGACUUCGCUGCCCACGUUGCCAGCUGCGAAGUUCGCUGUCCCCACGGCUGCCGCCACCGCCGUGCGCCCAAGGCACCGUCGUGCGCUGCUCCAGGUUGGGCCUGUGGCCGCGGGACGUUUUCCUCGCCUCCCAGGACUCUGCCAGUGCCUCUCCCGGUCCUGCGCGCCGAAACCGCCGCCGGAGAGAACAAGUGAGCCGCCGGCGAGAUGUGGAAGGCGCGCCUUCUGCUUUUGCUCCUGGGCAACGCCUGGCCUUGGGUGUCGGCCGCCGCGGCAGCCAUCACUCCCCAGCCAGAAGAUGAGAUUGUGUCGCCAGGUGUGGAAGGUGGUGCAGUGAUCUCAGGUGCAGAAGACUACAUGGUGACUGCAGGUGCCAGCAAAGAUCACUUCGAGUCUAACAUCUUCAAAGAUCUGGUGCCAACAAGUGCAGACAGUGUAAUAUCUCGUCGCAUUGAAGAUCACUCAAUCCCAGAAGGCACAGUCCACUCUCAUAAAGAGAUCCCAAAGCCAACCACCCCGAAUGUGGCUACAAGUCACCCCGUGGAACAAGCAGAUGGAGAGACAGAGAAGACCACUGAGAAAGAUGGUUUGACAACAGUGACUCUGGUUGGAAUUAUAGUUGGGGUCCUACUAGGCAUUGGUGUCAUUGGUGGGCUCGUCAUUGCGGUUGCACGGAAAAUGUCGGGAAGGUACUCGUAAGUAAAGAACUGACACCUGCGUGAUGGAUCCCCAAAGCUCUUACAUCUACAGCACAGAACUUUGAAACUCUCAGUAAAAGACCUGUUCAAGAGCCGCCUUCCUCCGCAGGAGCUGCGUCACAAGUUUCCCCAGCAAAAUAGAUGUCGACUUAGACCUCCAAAAUGGAGAUCAGAGCCGGAAAGGGCUCAGAAGUUGACUUCUGUUGAGAUCUGCCCAAAUAGCAUCUCUUAAUUUUUCAAUUAAUUGAACUUGAAAGAAAACUCAAACCAAGUUUUAACUUGAACCUCAUUGCCCUGCCUGCAGCCAUCAGAAGUACACGGUUACUGGAAAAGCACUUGUCGUGGAGCCAAGAUCUCACUCUUGUAAGGAAGCCCGUUGGUGCUGGGCCCUUUGCCAUGUGAAUCCCUCCUUGCGCCGCUGCUCUGCGCGU